GGUAUUUAAGAAACGAUAAGUAGCAGCGUUAUAAAUCGACAGCCAACCGACCGCCAACAGACUGAGCAUUCACCUCAGAACGCGUGCACAACAUUGCGGCAAAAAACGCGCGCACUUCGCAUUUGCCAAAUAAUAAACUAAAAAACACAAACAAUUAAAACGAAGUCCUUGUCAUGGGAAUUUUAGGACUCUCCAAGCUAAUUGCCGACUUGGCUCCUCUAGCCAUACGCGAGAGUGAAAUCAAGAACUUUUUCGGUCGCAAAGUGGCUAUCGACGCCAGCAUGUGUUUGUAUCAGUUUCUCAUUGCGGUGCGCUCGGAGGGCGCUCAACUGGCCACUGUGAAUGGAGAUCCCACCUCGCAUCUGAUGGGCAUGUUCUAUCGUACCAUCCGGCUGCUGGACAAUGGUAUCAAGCCGGUCUACGUUUUUGAUGGUGCUCCGCCAGACAUGAAAUCCGGCGAGUUGGCUAAGCGUGCCGAGCGUCGUGAGGAAGCCGAAAAAGCACUUAAAGCAGCCACUGAGGCGGGCGAUGAGGCUGAGAUUGAUAAGUUCAAUCGGAGGUUGGUUCGCGUGACCAAAGAGCAUUCCAGAGAAGCCAAAGAGCUGCUUAAGCUGAUGGGCGUCCCAUAUGUGGAUGCACCCUGUGAGGCGGAGGCACAGUGCGCUGCCCUGGUCAAAGCUGGCAAGGUGUAUGCGACGGCCACAGAGGAUAUGGAUGCGCUAACCUUCGGCUCCACUAAACUGUUACGUUAUCUCACCUACAGCGAGGCUCGGAAAAUGCCCGUGAAGGAGUUCAGCUACGACAAAGUGUUGCAAGGUCUGGAGCUUACAAGCAAUGAGUUUAUUGACCUGUGCAUCUUGAUGGGCUGCGAUUACUGCGAGAGCAUCAAAGGCGUGGGACCCAAACGUGCCAUUGAACUGAUCAAGAGCUAUAGAGACAUUGAAACUAUUCUGGAGAACAUUGAUACCACCAAAUACACAGUGCCGGAGAACUGGAAUUAUAAACGUGCCCGCGAGCUAUUCAUUGAGCCAGAUGUGGCCGAUGCCAGCGCCAUUGAUCUCAAGUGGACGGAGCCCGACGAGGAGGGUUUAGUUCAGUUCCUGUGUGGUGACCGUCAGUUCAAUGAGGAGCGUGUGCGCGGCGGCGCCAAGAAGCUGCUAAAGUCUAAGCAAGCGCAGACUCAAGUGAGACUCGAUAGCUUCUUCAAGACCUUGCCCAGCACACCGAAUGCCAUGCUGGCGGCCAAGCGCAAGGCGGAGGAGGCGAAGAAGAGCGCCAACAACAAGAAGGCCAAGUUAAGCGGAGGCGGAGGACGCGGACGAAGACCCAAAUAAAAUUAAGAGAGCUAGAAUUUCUUUUGAAACCACAAAUAAUCUUUAAACUUACGCAUUACAUUUCAUACAGAUAUAAAACUUUUUCAGAACUUAA